UCCAACCCACUUAACCUAUUUUGAUAUCAUCAUAAUGGGUUUGUUUUGUUUUGUGGCUGCUGUGUUUGUUCUUGGUUUGUGGCAACAGGUGCAUGGGGAAAUCAAGGAAAAUCAUGUAGUUGGGAAAUGCAAUAUCUACGAGGGCAAAUGGGUGUAUGAUACUUCGUAUCCUCUUUACAAUUCUUCAAGCUGUCCCUUCAUCCUGCAGGAGUUUAAUUGCCAGAAAAAUGCUCGACCCGACCACCUAUAUCUCAAAUAUAGGUGGCAGCCAACUUCGUGCCAUUUGCCCAGGCUUCAAACACUUGUAAAAUCUAUCGGUAGGAAAGAUAAUGUCAAGAAUGAAGUGAAGUACCUGUUCAAUGGAAAAGAUUUAUUGAUAAGGAUGAGAGGAAAACGUUUGAUGUUUGUGGGGGACUCAUUGAGUGCAAAUCAAUGGCAGUCGCUCACUUGUUUGCUUCAUUCGGCCGUUCCUCGUGCCCCAUACACCAUAACAAGAAUUGGAAGCAUCUCCACAUUCCACUUCCCUACAUACGGCGUGUUCAUUAUGUUCUCGCGCAAUGCAUUUUUGGUGGAUAUUGUGAUACAGAAUGGUGCCAGAAUUCUUAAACUCAAUUCAAUUUCAGGCGGAUUAAUUUGGAACGGAGUCGACGUAUUGAUCUUUGACACAUGGCAUUGGUGGCUUCAUACCGGAAGGAAACAGCCGUGGAAUUUCGUGCAGUACUCUAGCAAAACAUUCAAAGACAUGAACCGAAUGGUAGCCUAUGAGAAAGCAUUGACAACAUGGGCUAGGUGGGUGAACUCGAAUGUAAAUCCUAAUAAAACCAAGGUCUUCUUCCAGGGUGUUUCUCCAGACCACAUGGACUCACGGGAAUGGGCAGAUCCAAGAGGAAAGACAUGCACAGGAGAGAUAGGACCGUUGCAAAGCAGGAGCUACCCUGGGGGUGCACAUCCAGCUCAAGUUGUUCUAGAAAAAGUACUUCGUACAGUGAAAAAGCCAGUGCAUUUACUGGAUAUAACGACGCUGUCACAACUGAGAAAGGACGGUCAUCCAGCAACCUAUGGCUACGGAGGCCGCCGUGGGAUGGACUGUACCCACUGGUGCCUCCCUGGAGUUCCUGAUAUUUGGAAUCAGCUCUUAUAUACUUCUCUAAUUUGAAAUUAACUUAUGGAAGAAUCAGUCGUUAUUAUUAUAUAUGGAAAUUUGCUUUUCAAUACAAACUGUACUUUUUUUUAUGCAAUUUAUAUAUUGAAAUUAUUUAAGUACCUUUAAUAAAAUUGCCCUCUAACU